AUGUCUGUAAAACACAUCUCAGUUCUGCUGCUGCUGCUACAGCUGAGUUACUUCUUCAGCUCUGGGAGUUGUGGGAAGGUGCUAGUGUGGCAUGUGGAGUACAGUCAUUGGCUCAAUAUAAAAACAAUCCUGGACACACUUGUCCAGCGAGGUCAUGAAGUAACUGUUCUGAGAUCUUCAGCUUCUAUUUUAAUUGAUCCCAAUGAACCACCUGGAAUUAAAUUUGAAACUUUUCCUACAUCGUAUGCUAAAGAGGAAAUGAAGGAUUUUUUCAUGUAUUGGAUCAAUAAUGCACUAUAUAAUAUGUCACUAGAUUCAUAUUGGGAUCAUUUUUUCAUACUGGAAAAAUUCUUUCCAAAAUAUUCUGAUGUUUAUGAAAAUAUCUGCAGAGACAUAAUUUUGAACAAGAAACUCAUGACAAAACUGCAGGAAUCGAAGUUCGAUGUUGUCCUUGCAGAUGCCAUCAAUCCUGGAGCUGAGCUGCUGGCUGAACUGCUCAAAGUGCCCUUCGUGUACAGCCUCCGCUUCUUUCCGGGCUACACUAUGGAGAAGUACAGCGGAGGGCUGCAUGUGCCUCCUUCCUACGUACCUAUUAUCCUGUCAGGUUUAACUGGCCGAAUGACAUUCAUGGAGAGAGUUCAAAAUAUGCUAUGCUUGCUUUAUUUUGACUUUUGGUUCCAAACUUUUAAUGAGAGGAGAUGGGAUAAGUUUUACAGUGAAGUACUAGGUAAACCUGUUAGAUUCUCUGAGCUAGUGGGGAAAGCUGAUAUGUGGCUCAUUCGAAGCUAUUGGGAUUUGGAGUUUCCCCGCCCCCUCUUACCAAACUUUGAAUUUGUUGGAGGGCUCCAUUGCAAACCUGCCAAACCUCUUCCUAAGGAAAUGGAAGACUUUGUUCAGAGCUCUGGAGAAGAGGGAAUUGUGGUGUUUUCCCUGGGGUCCAUGGUCAGCAACAUGACAGAAGAAAGGGCAAAUAUGUUUGCAACUGCUUUUGCCCAGCUUCCACAAAAGGUUCUUUGGAGAUUUAAUGGGAAGAAACCAGAAACUUUGGGACCCAAUACUCGGAUUUAUAAGUGGAUCCCCCAGAAUGACCUUCUUGGUCAUCCAAAAACCAAGGCAUUUAUAACUCAUGGUGGAACCAGUGGCAUUUAUGAGGCAAUUCACCAUGGCAUCCCUAUGGUGGGCAUUCCUUUGUUUGGGGAGCAACCUGAUAAUAUUGCCCACAUGAAAGCCAAGGGAGCAGCUGUCAGAGUGGACUGGAAAACAAUGUCAAAUGCAAAUUUGCUCAGUGCUUUAAAGGCAGUGAUUAACAAUCCUUUCUACAAAGAGAAUGUUAUGAGAUUAUCAAGGAUUCACCAUGAUCAGCCUGUGAAGCCCCUGGACCGAGCAGUCUUCUGGAUCGAGUACGUCAUGCGCCAUAAAGGAGCCAAACACCUUCGGGUUGCAGCCCAUGACCUCACCUGGUUCCAGUACUACUCCCUGGAUGUCAUUGGGUUCCUGCUGGCUUGUGUCACAAUCAUUACUUUCCUUAUCCUAAAAUGUUUUUUGUUUGUUUGUCAAAAGUUUGUUGUGACAGGAAAUAAGAAAAAGAGAGACUAA